CCAACGGACCCGCCCAUUCCCCACCCCACCAUUGCUCUCCUCCUCGAGCUUCAAAUCUCUCGAGGGCACCAACCCUCGGCAAAAUUUUCCCUCCUUUUCGUUCCUGUUCUUGCAUCAUGCGCAGGUGCUGACGCUUCGAUUCAUUGCGUCAGCGUCUGCAUCAGGCGCCUGCUCCUCUGCAUCCUCUCGGCGGCCUUGCUGCUCUGCUUCUUGAAUUGAGGCGGAGGAAGAGGAGGGAGGCGGGCGGGGAUGCCGGACUCGGACAACGACUCCGGCGGGCCGAGCAACGCCGGCGGCGAGCUGUCGUCGCCGCGGGAGCAGGACCGGUUCCUGCCCAUCGCGAACGUGAGCCGGAUCAUGAAGAAGGCGCUCCCGGCGAACGCCAAGAUCAGCAAGGACGCCAAGGAGACGGUGCAGGAGUGCGUCUCCGAGUUCAUCUCCUUCAUCACCGGCGAGGCCUCCGACAAGUGCCAGCGCGAGAAGCGCAAGACCAUCAACGGCGAUGACCUGCUCUGGGCCAUGACCACGCUCGGCUUCGAGGACUACGUCGAGCCGCUCAAGCACUACCUCCACAAGUUCCGCGAGAUCGAGGGCGAGAGGGCGGCCGCCUCCUCGGGCGCCUCGGGCUCCGCCGCCGCGCAGCAGCAGCAGGGCGACGUGGCCAGGGGCGCCGCCAAUGCCGCCGGGUACGCCGGGUACGGCGCGCCCGGCGCCGGCGGCAUGAUGAUGAUGAUGGGGCAGCCGAUGUACGGCUCGCCGCCGCAGCAGCAGCAGCAGCACCAACAGCAUCACAUGGCAAUGGGCGGCAGAGGUGGUUACGGCCAUCAAGGAGGAGGAGGAGGCUCGUCGUCGUCGUCGGGGCUUGGCCGGCAAGACAGGGCUUGAAUCGCCAUGAUACCCUUCGCUACUCUGAAUUGCCUGAAUUGCUGAUACGGGUCCGUAUUACCCAAUUGACAAAGAACCUUGUUCUUCCAAUCCUGUUGAUGUAUGUUUACUAAUGAAUUAAUUAAUCUGAGGCUCCGAUUCGAAGCGGCGAAUUACUCCCGGCCCGUUUCAUACGAGAA